AUGGCUUCCAAACUCGCUCUCAGCUCUACAAAGAAGCUCAAUUCCGGCUAUGAGAUCCCUCUCCUCGGUUAUGGAGUCUACCAGAUCCAGAAGGACCAAGCAACUGAGGUUUGCAAGAAAGCCCUUGAGAUAGGUUACCGUCAUAUCGACUCUGCGUCAGGAUAUCACAACCAGGGCCCAAGCGCAGCGAGUAUCCAGGCAUCUGGUCUUCCUCGCGAAGAAGUCUUCUUCACGACCAAGAUCUUCACCAGACAAUUCCCUCUCAAUUACGAAAAUGCCCACAAGCAGGUAGACAUCGCUCUUGAUGAGACCAAGCUCGAUUAUCUUGAUCUUGUUCUUAUUCACGCCCCAUACGGUGGAUCCGAUGCCCGCAAGGGUGCCUGGAAAGCCCUCGUCGAGUGCGUUGAAGCCGGAAAGGUGCGCUCACUGGGCGUUUCCAACUACGGUGUUCAUCAUCUAGACGAAUUGGAGGCAUACAUCAAGGAGCUUGAGAAGGAGCGCGGAGGAGCGGGCAAGGGAGGAGUCAUCUCCGUCGGUCAGUGGGAAGUGCAUCCUUGGAUGACCCGACCCGACAUUGUCAAGUGGUGUCAGGAACGUAACAUUGCAGUCGAAGCUUACUGCCCCAUUGUGCGUGGUCAGCGAUUUGACGAUCCUAAAGUCAAAGCUCUUUCAGACAAGUAUGGCAAGACACCUGCCCAGAUUCUGCUUCGAUGGAGCUUGCAGAGAGGCUGUGUACCUCUUGUGAAGAGUGUUACACCUUCUAGAAUUUUGGAGAACACUCAACUGUAUGAUUUUGAGCUUACGGAGGAGGAAGUGAAGGAAUUGGCCACCGAUGAGUACAGCCCUUGUGCUUGGGACCCGACCGUUGAGCCUCUUGAGAAGUAA